AGGGUUGAGUUUGGUUUGGUGGUGGCAGUGGCGGUGAGGAGAACAGUGUGGCCGGACUGUAGGAGAGAGGGGUGGUAUUAUAUUUGCGCAGGGCCGCCCGAUAGGGCGCAGUAUCGUCGCGACCGCCGUCGCGUGCACGUCGAUUUUCUGUGCGUUUACGUAUAUACCAGACCGCGAGUGCGUCUGCACCGAGAACAUCGUUCUCCCUCCUUGUCGGUCGUAUAUACUUUGACCGGCCUCCUCUCGUAUACCCCUAUUCUUCUCUCCUUCUCUCUAUCUGUCCUUCUCGCGUUCUGUCUCCACCUCCUCCAUAUUCGCUCCUCUCUUUCUGUAUCUCGCUCUCUAUUCUUCUCCUUUCUUCUCUCUCUCUUUCUUCCCUUUCUCUCUGUCUUUCUUUCUCUGUCCGUCUCUCUCUCUUUCUUUUUCUCUCUUCCUCUGACGUUAUUGGCUCUCGCUCAGUCUUUCCAUUCCAUGCGUAUCCCUCCGUGCUACUCUCCUCGAUGUUUCGCGCGUGAUCGUGCCCACUGUUAUAGUUCGCGUUCCGCGAGACACGUAUGAUCCGAACGAACUAUAAACAACAACAGAGAUCGCGAAAGUCGAGAGCGAAUCCUCGAGCAGGAGUCGUUAAGUGUUCUUGGCCCAAGAAUAGUAUGAUAUUUUCGUGAGGCGGAAACCAAAGCUGGAGUUAUUCACAAUCGCGUGCAAACAUGCCAACGAUAGAAGAAGUUCUCGUCAAAAGUGUAGGAAGCAUGGCGAGGGUGUACCGUUAAUGUCAUCCGUAUUAAGUUUAAGAGGGCCAAUCGAAAAACGCGGUCGUUCUUAAAAUACGAGAAAGGAGCGGAAAAGAAGAGGAGAAAAAGACGAAGGCUGUCCCAGUGAUCCUGUUGGAUAGAGGUCAAUGGAGCCAUCUUGAUGCAGGCUGCAAAACUACGUGGGGAUUACCCGUCGUGGUCGUCGGGCUGAUUUCAACGGUGAACAGUGGCGAUUCCACCCGUGGGUGGAAGCGCCGUUUUCAUCACCGUCAACGGCGAACAGUACAGCCACUUCCGCUUCCUCCACCCCACGUGGCCGAACCAUUACCUGAUAAGAGCUGGAGAAGCGGCCGCAGCCGCAGCCGCCUCGGAGCUCUGAGGAGCUGGAGGAUCUGCACAAGCUGCUGCACUUCCCCGAGGAGGUGGCGCUCAGGUUGACGGAGACCGAAUACCAGCUGUUCUACCAGGUACCGCCCGAGGAGUACCUAAGGCACGUGGCACAAGAUACGCAGAAACUACCUGCCAGGCCACCCCCGUCGCCGAGUCGCAGCUAUUGCAAUCCGAGCACCGCCAACAGCUCGACCCAGACCGAGGAAGAGUCUAACUGGCCUGUCCCCAACUUCUCCUCUUCCGUUCAGACGCUCAUCAACCGUUUCAAUGAGGUGAGCUCAUGGGUCACCCACGCGAUCACAAGCGGCACGACGAUAGAAGAAAGGCAGGCUGUAUUGUCCUGUCUCCUACGCGUAGCUCAAACCUGUUGGAAUACCGGAAAUUUUAACUCAGCCAUGGAAAUCGUUGCUGGCCUCAAGUCCAACAAGCUGAAGCCCUUUUGGAACAGCGUGAACGAGCCGGUACCAGUUUUGGAAAGCCUCUCCUCAGCCCUUUUGUCGUCCGAGUAUGAAUUCGCGCUUGCCCGCUCGUUGGCUAUGCCGGAAUGCCCGGUGGUCCCAUUCUUCGGUGCUUUCUUGCGGGAAUUGCGGGAAGUCAUCGCAUUCGAGUCCAAGUCUCAGUACGAGUGCAAGGACAGCCGCGAAUCACCACGCAGAAGCAGCAAGGAUGUCGAGUCCGAAAACGUGUCAUCCUCGGGGCAAACCACGAAGAUCGCUAUCGACACUGGCACGGAAUCAUCCACGGAAUGGAACACGAGGAAUAGUUCCUUGAGGAAAAUAGAGAACACUCCGAUCCGUGACACGAGCUCUGUCCUCGAGAAAAUCGGCGAAUUUCACAAGCAUCAACACGCUCGAGGCAGGGACGCGACAACUGGUUCGCUCCAUCGAACUCUGAGCAUUCACACGACUGCGAUCGAGCAGACUUACAUGGCCGAGGAAUGUGACGAGAACGACUAUCACUUCGAUCUCGAUUCCUACAAACCGGUGCAGCCAAUCACGAUCGACCAUGGGGUCGCCUUAUUUCCUGUCGCCGCUCCCCACACAGGAAUGGAUCUGCAUCUAUUGCAGGUGUUGCAUCACGGGACGACGUUGGUUCACUGGGACUGCGAGGGCGCUGCGACGAGGACGGCGUUGGUUUUCGCGCGAGUGGAUCGUGCCUGCGGCACCUUCGUCUGGGAAAAACCGCCGUGGAGCCCGUUGAAGACCGCGCAAUUAGGCGGCACAGCGUCCACGGAGUUCUCCCUAACUGCCAACCCGGAGGACACGGUGCCCGCCGGUCUGUUGGGCAAGUAUACCGCCCAACAGCAGACCGAUUGCGCCUCCGUCACAUUGGAGGAGGGUUACCUGAACCUGAGCUCCGUGAAGGAGGUGAUGAUCGGUUGCUGCGAUCGGGACAGGGAGACCGAGCUGAGGGGCAUUUGCAAGAGGUACGGCCUGUCCGGAUCCGACUCGUGCAUCGGCCUUAUGUACGGCUCCAGUCUGCCGGACAAUCGACUGAUCUUUCUACUUUGCCCUCCUGCGCUUAGCAAAAUUUGGUAUAUGGGUCUUUGCUGGAUAUUAAGAGGGCUGAAACGGCAACAACAAUUAACGGAUCGUAGGUCGCGAUGGUUGAAAGAGAAAUAUCUUCAGCUUUAUUUCGAGGAAGGCUGCCUCGAGCCAAUGACAGCUGACGCUAUAAGGGCUUUCGGCGGUCGCGAUUGGUCCAUGACUGAAAGUAUUGGAACGCUUUCGCCCACGAGUAGCGGCAAUCCUCGUAAACGAAACGCCAAAGGGAAGAAAACGAAAUCUAUCGGCAAUAUUCAUGCGUUAACAAAGGAUUUGGGCCUAAAGCAAUUCGACUCCUCGUCCUCGGAUGGAGGCUUAUCAACGGCCCCACUUCGGCAUAUUACGGGUAGCAGGGAAUCCUUGACGAGAAUCAUACCGGCAUCCCCACGGUCUAGCAGGGAUCGAGUGCCCCCACGCAGCCCUCCCGGAUCAGCCGAACGAAUUAUUAGUUCCAACUUGCCUUACUCCAGCUUUCAGAGCCUAUUGUGCGUGGCUAGAGACAAGGAUAAGAAUGGAUCGGGAAUGUCAGGUGGGCUGGAGGCGCCUUGGCAAGUGAAGGCGCGCACCACUUCCAUAAUGUACGAAACCCAGUUGAACUUUGUCGAGUUCGUCGCUUUGUUCCGUUCGUUCAGCCUGAGAGCGAGAAAGGAUUUGCGCGACUUAUUCGGCCAAUUGGCGAUCACUUGCCGUAGCCAGAGCGACGGCUCUUUGAGGGAUUUUAAUGUACGCCCGCCUGUGUUGAGGCAGACCAGUGAUGCAACCCCUCAACGAAUCGGUCUUUUAACGAGGAACAAUUCCAUAGACUGUCGUGAGUACAAAACGAGCAGCAACCUUCAAAAGAAGCAAGUUUUUGACGCGGUGGCUGCAGCCAGUAUCGUUAAUAAUUGUUCCGGCGUUGAUACCUCGAAAUCGCAAGUAAUCACCCUGGCGACGUUCACAAAAUUUUUGGAAUCUCGUCAACAAGAGAAAUUGACCGACGACGAAAUCAAGGCGCUGGUCAAGCGACACGAGCCGGACCCAGGGCUACGCACACAAUGGUGUUUGUCUUUCGAGGGCUUUGCACGCUACAUGAUGGACAAGGACAAUUAUGCUUUCCCAAACGAGUAUGCAACGCCGUUCGAGACUGAAAUGCAACAGCCGUUGUCCCAGUAUUACAUCGCCAGCUCGCAUAAUACUUAUUUAACCGGUCAUCAACUCAAAGGAGAAUCAUCGGUCCAGCUUUACUCUCAGGUACUACUGACAGGAUGCAGAUGCGUUGAACUCGAUUGCUGGGACGGCGAUGAUGGAUCCCCUGUUAUUUACCACGGUCACACUUUCACUACCAAGAUACCGUUUCGCUCGGUCGUAGAAGCGAUUGACAGAAGCGCUUUCGUCAGUUCCCCGUACCCUGUCAUUCUCUCCAUCGAAAAUCAUUGCUCGCAAAGCCAACAAGCUCGAAUGGCCCAAAUAUUUCAAUCGGUAUUUGGGGACAAACUAGUGACAAAGUUCUUGUUUGAGACCGACUUCAGCGACGAUCCCCAACUGCCAUCGCCGUCGCAGUUGCGCUAUCGAAUAUUAAUCAAGAACAAGAAACUGGUGGUAGAUCCUGCCGGCCCAUUGGCCCAUCCUCCUUUGAGCCAUCGUGGAAAAAUGCUCAUGACAGAUCGCGCAUCGUCUAUGAAACAGAUGCGAACCGACGUGAGCAGCGCCUCCGUCGUUUCCGAAUAUUUCAGCGAGGAUGACGAUGACGAGGAAGAUGACGACGAGGACGACAAUAUCGAUGAUAACUCGAUAUCCAGCUACGAAAGGUAUUUGGGCGGGACCCAGGUGGCGCACACUAGGUUAAAAUCAGAUUCCGCGGUCGACGAUAAGUCACAGAAACAAAGUAGCCAAAUAGCCAAAGAACUUUCGGACUUGGUGAUUUAUCUGCAAGCUAUUAAAUUUCGUGGGCUGAACACGACACCGGGAACCGCGACUAUCGGGAAAACGCGUCAUCAACCGCACACUGGACCUGUACAGAGGCACAGUAUAGCUGGUAUUGGAGCGACUAGCAUCGGUGCAUCUUCCGGUUCACCACAAUCCCUGUCAACAUCAGCCUCGUUAGCAAGCGGCGGGAGCAAUAUCGAAAAUCUGUUCAGAUUCACUCGCGGAGUUCCAGCUUGUUUCCAAUGCUCCUCCCUGAAUGAGAGUACGGCGAAAAAGAUAUGCAGGAAACAACCUCUAGGGGUUGUCGCUCAUGCAGAAACCCAAUUGAUACGAACGUAUCCAGCCGGUAUGCGCAUCGACUCGACGAAUUUCAAUCCUGUAAUCUUCUGGGCCUUCGGUAUUCAAAUGGUGGCGCUAAAUUAUCAAACGGACGACGCUGGGCUGAAUCUGAACGCCGCCAUGUUCGAGCAAAACGGGCAGUGCGGAUACGUUAGAAAACCUUCGGUUAUGUGGGACAAGGGUCACAUGAUGUACAGACGAUUCAAUCCAUGGGACAAAGAAUUCGACGGGCUACAUUCGGCACAUCUGACGCUCUCGAUAGUUUCCGGCCAGUACGUCUCUCCAACGAAUUUCGUGGCCAGCACGUACGUGGAAAUCGAGCUGGUCGGCAUACCGAUCGACUGCGCCAAGCAUAAAACGAAAGUGAUACAGAGCAACGCGCUCAAUCCGAUUUGGAACGAGAAAUUUUGCUUCCAAGUAAUGUUCAAGGAUCUGGCGUUUCUGCGCUUCGGAAUCGUGGAGGCGAGCUCCCAUCACUUGAUCGCCCAAAGGGUGAUCCCGUUGAAAUGCUUGAAGCCCGGCUACAGGCACGUGCGCCUACGCUCCUGCAAAAAACCGUUGGCCCUGUCCACCCUUUUUAUCUAUUCCCGCUUGGAGGAGGAGAGCCUCGAUUACAACACGUGUUGUCGGGAUCACAAGGAGUCGUCGAAGCGGCCCUCGUCCGGGAAAGAGCCUGAAAAACUGACCACCGUCGAUCCUGGAUUAGGCGGAGUUACGUUGAAGAGGAGGAUGUUCUUCCUGAUGGUUUACCACGUGAUACCGGACGAACCGUACACCAUACUGAAAGUGACGCAGGAGAGCACGACGCAGGAGGUGAUGCUGCAAGCUCUUCAAAAAGCUGGAAUAUCAGCGGACCGGGUCGACGAGUACAUUCUGGUCGAGGAGGUGUCCCGUGGCUGGGAGAAGAGGGACAGGGAAGAGCUGCCCACCCAACGUGUACUGGAUCCGACCGAGCAUCCGUUGCAGGCCCAAGCCCUGUGGAAGGGGCAGGGUCGUUUCCUGUUGAAGAGGGUGGGCGACGAUCCGAGCAGCAGGGCUUGGCUUGCCUCGAUCAGAAGCACGGCCGGUCACUCGAAGCUCGACUCCGAGAGGGACACGUCGACGCACAUCUGGGACGAGGCCGACACGUUCCUCGUCUGCAUCUACAACGUGUCCCCCGACAUACCGUACGCGAUACUCCGCGUGCCUGUCAGCAGCUCCGCCCAGGACGUUCUGGCCCAGGCCCUGGUCAAGGCAAGAAGGAUGGAGGACCCGAUGAAGUUCGCCUUGGUCGAGGAGCUGGAAUGGGGUGGGACCGGGGCCGUGGGGAGCGGUAGUCGCCAGCUGAGGGUGUUGCGCGACGAGGAGAACGUGUACAGCACCCAGGCCUUCUGGAAGACGCUCGGAAGAUUCAUCAUGAGGGAGAGGGAGCAGGCGAUACCAAGGCGGCACCUGUUGCCGGCAACCCUCGACAGGCUCAGCAAAGGUUUCUCCGUGGGUAGAUCGGUCUCGUUGCCCGGCUCGAGCAAGGAGAAGGUCCCCGUCUCGGAGGCCCUCUCCGACCCCACGUCCAGGGGGCUCAGACAUCGUCUGCUCAUGCACGGGCGUAGGAGGGAGGUUCACUCCGAUGGCGAGGAUACCCGCGAGUCCGACAUCUUGAACGCGGCCCUCCACUUGAAAAAAGUCUCGUUGAGAAAGUUGAGGGUGUGGAAGUCAUAGUGGCAGUCAAGGGCGACGUCGAUAUCGUCGAUCUUCGCCACUCGGAGAAACCAACCGUAAGUUACGAUCGAUAG